AUGCCACGCUGUUACAUGGUAAAAAAACAGAGCAACAAGUAUCAGUCCAUAGUGAGGGACUGUUGGGACCAAAAUAAUUCUUCUUCAGGAGCGCCAGAGAGCCCCACCGAAGGCUGCGUGGCUCCCCUCUGCUACACCCCACUCACUAACCGUACAAAAUACUCCCAAGACUUCAUUCCAAACGGCGCGAUCGACCAGGUGAAAAUCGAGGAAAACCUAACCGGCGGCGAUGGCAGCAACCCGGCUCUCCGCACACGGAGCGCCGAAGAAACGGAAGCGGCGCACGAUCUGCUCUCCCUUUCGCAAAGCUUGCCGCCCCUACCAGCACCCAGCGUGGUCAUGAUCCACCAUACCGUCCCCACCGAAGAAGAUCCACCCAGCCCCACGCACUGCUACCGGCCGCUGUCCCCCGACUCCCCCACGCCCGUAGUGGUACCUUGUUACACGCCGCCGAUAGUCUACGUAGUCCAAGUUCCCGCGGCCGUUCCUACGCCGCCGACUUCGGAAUGUUCUUCCGACGCCGAGAACCUCCAGAUUUGUUCCGUUUUGUCGGAGCAGAGCGAGGACAUCCUGAUUUUGCCGCUGUCUCCGGAACCAGACAGCCAGAGCGGACAAGAAGUGGCGAAUUCUGAUGUCGCCGGGCAAAAACUGGAAACCGUGAUAGCAUCUUCCCAUCUCAACAUUCCCGACAGGCGGAAGAGGAAGAAUAAAAGGACCAAUAAAACUAACAAGACUUCCAAAAACAACAAUGAUAGCUGUACGAGCGAUAACAAUAUUGAUUCCUCCGGCAGCGAAAUUACUACCACAUCUAAAACGAAAUUCUACAAAGUCGUCGAGGAGGACGUCGACGAGGAGGUCGACGUCGAGACCACCACCGAAUCGGAGUCCACGAAGAGCCGGUACGUUUGCGGAGAGUGCGGCAAGCAGUACGCCACAUCAAGCAACCUCAGCCGACACAAGCAAACGCAUCGCAGCCUUGACUCCCAGUCCGCGAAAAAGUGCAUGACCUGCGGCAAAGCGUACGUCAGCAUGCCGGCCCUAGCGAUGCACCUGCUCACCCACAAGCUAGCGCAUAGCUGCGGUAUCUGCGGUAAGCAAUUCUCAAGGCCGUGGCUGCUCCAGGGCCACCUUAGGUCGCAUACGGGUGAGAAGCCUUACGGGUGCGCUCACUGCGGUAAGGCCUUUGCGGACAGGUCUAAUCUGAGGGCGCACAUGCAGACCCACUCGGGCGACAAGAACUUCAGCUGCCCGAAGUGUAACAAAACGUUCGCGCUGAAGUCGUACCUCAACAAACACCAGGAGUCGGCUUGCAUGGUGUGGGAUUCUAAGAUGAAGGGUUAUAAAAGGCUGACGGUUCACGCAGAAACACAGACCAUUACUGUUGAUUAA